ACUAGGGUUUCAAACUUUUUUGAGAGGAAACGUUAGUUUCUACAUCUAUGAAGUAUUGAAUUGGUUAUCUUGAAGAGUAUAAAUCCUAAAUUACGGUACAUGUAGAAGCUUAAAGCUUGUCACAAGUAGUAAUUCAUCGAAGUAUAUAAUUUUUACAUCGUUUCACCCUUGCCUCUUUAUAUUAAUAAGUAAGAUCGUGACGUAGGUAUAAAAUAUUAUUGUAGGCUUAAUGCUUUAAAAUUGAAUACGAAGAAGCUGUGUUGUUUCAUGCUUUGAAUGUCGAAAUUUUCACAUAAAUUAUAAAAUUAAAAGUUGUAAGUUGCAGUUAAAUCUAACGAGUUACGUAAUAUUAAUCAUAACACUCAGUGUGAGGGAAAAUGGCUUUAGAUACCCAGACCACGAACAGGACAUGGGAAUUAAGCCUAUAUGAACUUAACAGAACUUCACAAGAAGUCAUUACAGACAACACCGAAAUAGCAGUUUCUCCAAGAAGUUUGCAUAGUGAACUUAUGUGUCCAAUAUGUCUUGAUAUGUUGAAGAAUACAAUGACUACGAAAGAAUGCCUUCAUCGGUUUUGCCAAGAAUGCAUCAUAACAGCACUGAGGAGUGGAAAUAAAGAAUGUCCAACCUGUCGUAAAAAACUGGUAUCUAAACGUUCUUUACGCCCUGAUCCUAAUUUUGAUAUGUUAAUUUCAAAAAUUUAUCCAAGUAGAGAAGAAUACGAAGCCCAUCAAGAACGUGUACUGGCAAAGUUAAAUAAAACAGCCCUUGCACAUAGCAUUGAAGAAGGAAUGAGAAUUCAGCAAAUGAACCGAGGACAGAGAGUCAGAAAAAGUGUUCCAGAAGAAAAUAGUAAUAGUAUGCCAAAUUCCAUUGCAGGUACCCCAACAGGUAGCUUAAGUGCUAGACAAACACCAACACCUGGUAGUUCUAGUGAUACAGCAAAUGGAAAUCCCCGGAAAAAAACACGUGGCCAGUCAGAAGUGGAAAAUGAAUCGGGUGGAUCUGAGGUAGAACAAGAAACAAUGAGCAAUGGGAUACAGCUGGCAGAACCUAGUGAAACUGUAGGGAUAGGUAAUGACAUUGACUCUGAAACAUCUGAAAGCCCACAGAAUGAAAUUGAACUUGUAUUUAAGCCUCACCCAAAUGAAAUAGGAGAAAUUGAACCAACCCUGUCACAAGUACGAUACAUCAAAACUACAGCAAAUGCCACAGUUGAUCACUUGUGUAAGUACUUGGCCCUCAGGUUUGCUUUAGACAAACACUACGAUGAACAUGGUAUGCAGUCUCCUCCAGAAAGUUCUCCAGUCAUCAUCUACAUUGCUGUAACACCAGGACAUUUCCAUCAUUUGAGUGGAAACAUGAGUCUUGACCAAGUGAAUGACAAGUACUGGAAAGUCAAUAAGCCAUUGGAGAUGUACUAUGCAUUUAGAAAGACAUGAAAACCUUUUUUAUUUUCAACCAGAAAAUUUUAUGUUGUUAUUUAUGUUGUAUAAAUUUCAUAAAUAAUUUUUUUCUUACUUGUGGUUGACAGCUAAGCAUCAUUAUCAGACUGAAAAAAAAUUCUGUUUAGGUCUUGGUUAGGAAUUCUGGAAAUUCUACAGAUUUCCUGUUGGUAUCUAGAAUUUCUUUUACACUUUAUAGACUAAAAUUUUGAGUGUUUUCACAGAGAAGUAACGUAACAGAGAUAAGAUCUCAAUUUUAUUGCACCAACACAAAUUAAAUGUCAAAUACAUCCAGUGUUGACCAAAAUACUAUUUUGUUUCAGUUUAGAAAUCCUAUUUUCUUUUGUAUUUUGAAAUAUAUUUUUCAACUAUUUUAUUUCAGUACUUUGAAAAAAAAAAAUUCAUUAGUGAUAAUGAAAAAGUAUAUAUUGUAAAUACUAAAAUAAAAUAGGCCUAGCUGAAAAAUAUAUUUUUAAAAAUACAAAGUAAUAUGAAAAUAGUAUUUUGCUCAACACUGACUACACUUGCUGGCCAGAAAAAGCCUAAUGGUUUAAUGCUUCAUAUAAAUAUAUUGGGUCUUUUUCAUACCCAUUUGGUUCAUUUCCAGUACACACUUCACAUGAAUUUAAAUAUUAUUUAAUUGAAAAGUUUGAAAUUUAUGUAGUUUUUCCCUUCACGAUUAACCUGAUUCUCAUUUUCAUAAUUGCACAAGUUGUAUCGACAUAGAGCCAGUUCCUCAGCUUACUUUCUGCAGUGUUAAUUGUAUAAAAUACAUAGUUGACCAUGGCAUUUGAAAUUAGGAGACUUAAGUGCCGAUUAAGGUACUGUUGACAAUUUUUUAUUAUUUUGGCUCCCCAUGGGCAUUUUUCUCUUCCCUGACUUGGGUUGAUAAUUUGACAACUUUCAUGUUUGAAUUUAAUUUGCUGUUUCCAGAAAGUGCAUGUCACUGCCUCUCAACAGUAUGAAUAGAAGCAGAUAUAUGUGACUUAAGGAAACUGCCAUUGGCAUUAUGAAGGGUUUGUUGAGAGAACAGUAGAUGGUGAUAAAAUGUUAAUCGUCAACAGAGUUUUUACAUUCUUUAGAAGCUGUGCCUUGAUCUGACAGGUAAAUGCAAUGAUAACGUCUUUGAAGCAAUACUUCAUUUCCACUGCGUAUGUGUCAGAAACAUUGUAUUCAGUGAUCAUCUGACAGAAAGUCAUAGCCAAAAUAGAUAGAGUUGAGAUGUGUAAUGUAUUUCAAAAUCAAGCUGAGAAGGCACCACAAUUAUCUUCAAAACUGUACUAUAAAAGUCCAAUAACUUCUGUGUGGUGGCUGUGAUAUUUGCUUAUUCUGCUUAGAAAUUGUAGUUCUGAAGGCAUACUUCAUGAUGCAGUCCCUUGAUUAAUGUCAGAUAAAUGCAAUUACAGGGAUUGGAGUCAUUCUGCACUCUAGCAACUAAUCUUUGGCUAGUUGAAACUGCCAUCCAACUGACUAAGAACAUGACUAACCAAAUGCAUUUUUAUGACUCUACCACCUUAUAUUGGAUAGUUGUGUCAAUUUUUUUUUAUCCACACCAUCAUUAGUUGUUCAGUACAGAGUUGUAUAUUCCAGAUGAAGCUUAUUGCUGUGAUAGAACCAGUUGAGAUUUGUGAAUAAUGAAUUUGAGAUCACAACUAAUGAAGGAACCAAAUAAGUUAAAAGCUUUGCCACUAACUGGUACCCUUCUACCAUUGAAUUAAUGCUGUCACCACCAAUCUUAGUAAGUUUUGAGAUCUCCUGCUUGUCUUUGAUGUAAGCUGUAAACUUCUUUUACUGCAUUAGUGAUUGUAGUGGCUGCUCCAUCCUUCACUCCUGUAAGUGUAAAUAAUGUAGAAACAAUAUCAAGUCUUGAUUCAUUAAAGUAAUGAAUCAUUAAUACAAAACAUUUCUGCAUACCAAAUAGGGUUGUUUUGCUCAUGGUGUGUGGAGUCUGCCAUGGCUUGGUAGUCAGGGCUUUUGACUCAUGAUCUGAGGGUCACUGGUUCAAAUUCUGACAAGGAAAUCAACUUGUAAUUUGAUGGUCACAUAGCCAUUAUAAUGUGAAGGUCAAUCUUACUAUUGUUUAUUAAAAGAUUUUCAUAAACUAUUUUUUUUUUAUCAAAUCAAGAAAACAAAUUAGAUCUGAAAGGAAAUUUUUUGAUCUGGAAACAAUGCAGUUAAGUCAGACUGGUCAUUUCAUACUUUUCUUACAAUUUGUAUAAACUAAAAUUUUUGUCUGAGAGAGAGAGAGCUACUGAUAUACGAAGAAAAAUAAAUAAUGAAUAUUGGCAUUUUGUGAGAAAAAGUACAUAAUAAAGAAAGCAAAGGCUUGCUCUAUUUUAAGGCAUUUAUCAUAUAAAUAUAUAACAUUGAGAAAACAAUGCAAGGAAUUUUUUUGGAACAGUAAUCCAGUCUUCCUGAGAUAAUAUUUGUGAUAUCAGUAUAGAGUAGAUAGUCAACUAGUCUACCAAAUGGUAUUUGAAAUUUAUAGGCAAGCCUCAUGAAAUUUACCACAAAAACAAUUAAUUCCAACAAUUAUACUAAAAAA